AUGGUACCAUCAAGCUCAGGCAUCCGAAUUUUGCUUUCCAUUCUGUUUUCCGCGUGUGUGACCAAGUGUCUGGACUAUGAAGAUGCUGUAAAGAAACUGAACCAACCAUUGGUGGAUACCAAAUCUCAACGAAUUCCACGAGAUUCUAAGGAUGUUUCGUCAAUCUGGUUGGAUUACGAAUUCAACUCUGGCGCCGGGAACAGAGAAGAACCCGUUGUCACGGAUAUUUCCAUCAACGAAUACUCAAAGAUUCCUGAAAGAGGCUCUAAUUGGCAAUUCCUGGACGUAAAUGGCACCGAUUACUUGAUCCAUGUCGAGGAAUCAAUUCUUUCGUUCUACAAACUCGAUCUCGAUCACGCUUUGACCAACGAUCCAGUAAUCUUAAAGAUCAAUGGCGUGAUAGUGAAGUAUAAAGUGGUCGGUUUCAACAGUUUUCGAACGACGGUUAAUCCGGUAGUAGACGUCGUGGCCGUUUUGUGCGUGGAAUCGGAUACCGGUACGUUGUUGCAAUGGUACAGGCUUCUCGGUGACGGUUCUUUUCAAUUUUUCUCGUCGUGGCCGGUCCAGAAGGGUGUGAAAGACAUGGAAUUCAUUCAGCAUGGAAAUACGAACAAAUUGUUGCUGCUGAGUGAUAACGAGAUGCGGUUGGGCAAACAGUAUUCCCUUAUCGAUGUCUAUGACAUCAACAUCGACUUUGCGACUAAAGCUUUCUCGUUCUGGCUUUGUCAGAGGAAACAGGUGCCAAAAGUAUUCGACAUCCAGGUCUGCCCGAAUCACGAAAGCAUUUCUCUGGCUCUUCAAGGCGUCCGCGAUGUCAUUCUUUACGAAUUCAGAGAUACCACUGUCAGUAGCGUCAUCCAUGAACUACAGACGAUUAAAUCACACGAUCUGAAGAAUUUCGUCUGCUUCGAGAGUGGAUACUUGCAAUUCCUGGCGAUAUCCGGACCGGAAGCUAGCCUCUUUCACUACUUCGAGGGUGAAUUCCACUAUAACACAGAAUCAGAAGCCAGUUUUGAUGUAUCAGAGAUAUCGUGGAUCAAAGACGUCAAACUUAACACCUACAGGGACGAAUCGUUGCUGCUCGUACAACUAAGGAAUUAUACGGUAAUCGCUUUGGCCUGGCAAGGUCACAGCUUCAAAAGAAUACAGCUACCAAACAACGUUCUCGAUCAAUUCGAUCUGUCGAUGGUCACUGUCAUUCCCAAGUUUGGAUUCGUCCUGGGAAAUAAAUUCGUGAAGCUUCACACCGAACUGAGGGACAUAAGGCAUCCGUCUCAACACAACAUGGAGAGAUUGUUGGGCUUGCAACAUCUGUUGAAUGAGUCUUUGAACUACCAAGAGAGGAUUCUGGACGAGACGGAGGAACGCCUCGAGAAAAGUUACUUGAAGAAUCCCGUGGUCACCGGAUUUUGGAACAUCAGCGCAAUGAACGCAACAAACGCAGCUAUAACUGACAAUGUAACCUAUCACUCGGUUAUGGUCGGAUCCACGAAUUUAACUAGAGAGGAUUUAGGCUUCAACGUAACCGCUUACACGGAAACUGUGCAGAAUUUGGAACGGAAGCUCGAUGAAAUCGACUCGAAUCUGAGAAUCGCUGUGGAUUCGAACACGACAGAGUUAGAUUUCAACUCGAACGUUGAAGUGUUUGGAAAUGUUGUCGUUAGUGGAAACUUGAACGUCCAAGAGUUCACUGCACAACUUAUCAAUGACGUCGAUGCCUUGAAUAAAUUUCGAUCACAAAACGAAGGUGUAACCGAGGGCACAAAGAGAUUCUCUACAAUAGAAGCUGAAAAUCUAACUGUCCACUCGAUAAAUGGCGUACCGAUAACGGAUAUUCAUUUUAGAAGUUCGUUGGAGAAUUAUCGUGGAAUAGAUUUUUCGAAAAUAAAUCGAGCGAAAGUGGAGGGACACCUUUCCUUCGAAAUGAUUAAUGGCGUCGUGUGGGAAGAGCUGAUGAAGAACGUUGUGUGGAAAAAUAAGAACAUGAUUAUCCCUGGAAAUACUAUUAUUGAAGGGACACUGAUCGCCGACACUGUAGAGUUAGACACGUUGAACGAUCUUUACUACCCAGAUGACUAUGUUUUGAUUGACGAUGACACUUCAUCAAAAGUGAUUGGCUCAAAGUCGUUUAACCAGCUGAUAGUAACAAAUCUGAAGGGUGUUAAAACAAUAAACGGUAUAAGCAUCGAUGAUUUUGUAAUUUUGCACAAGGACAACGUAUUAAACGAAGAAAUUACUUUCGAUAAUUUGGAAAUCGAAGGUUCCUUCCAGAUCGAUGGAGACAUACGGGGUAUAGAGAGGAAAGAAGUUAAAUUGUUAAACGAGACUUCCGGAGUUCCGUCUUUCAUUAUCCUUUCGAACUUGACGGUAUUGGGAAAUGUUAUAUUCGACAAAUUAUUCCUGAAUAAGCGUCCGUUGAAUUUCGAGGAUCUGUUGCUAAAAACCGACGAAAAUGUCAAAAUAACUGGAACUAAAACAUUUUUGGGCAAUGUUGGAAUGAAGUCUGACGUAGCAAUCACGUCUGGCAUGAUUAAUGGACACGCGAUGAAGGAGUUCGUAACUUUGGACACGGAUCAGGAAUUUCCCAAUUUAACAAAAAUAUUAUCGAACGUAACAUUUGGAAAUGUCACGUAUGGAUCCAUAAAACGGCUUGAAAGUGUUCUAAACAAGGCUUCAACAGAUGCCCAUUGUAUGAGAAAAACAGUUGUGUUUAAAUCACCGAUCACUGUGGACGAUUUAUCAUUCGAUUACAUAAACAAUGCUUCGGUCGAAGAAUUUUCGAGCAAGUUUAACGACACUAUCCAGAACAUUAUUAUCAAAGAUCUUGAAACCGAAACCUUAACGGCGGAAGAAAUAGUGCCUAGAGUCAUCAAUGGCGUCGAUUUCGCGAAUUUCACUAAAAGUUUGUCAUCUUCCGGUAGCAUAACCGAAUAUUCUAUCGAUAAUCUGGAAACCGAAAAUCUAAAUGUGAAAUUAAUGAAUGGAAUGUCUUUGGACGAAAUUAAUAACCUGAGAGAUCGUUUGGACACAUUGCUGGAAGAUAUUCUUAAGAAAAAUGCGAUUUUGGCGUCUCUACACGUGACAGGAAAGAUCGAUGCCAGUUUGAUCAAUGGAAAACUCCUGAAAGAUGUAUAUAAAGCCGAUCAGAUGGGGUCUGUGAUCUUUAAGAAAGACGUUCACAUCGAAAACUUGACGAUCCGUGGAUCAUUGAAUGGCUUCAAUUUUUCUGAACGUGUUAACGAUACGGUGUUGAAAACCGACAGAAACAUUGAAGUUACAGGACAUAAAAUAUUUGAUGUUAUUAAUUGUCAUGAAUUCCAGACGGUUUCUUUGAACGAACACUCAUUGAAGAAUAUUUUAGAUCCUUCUAGAGAACAGGUGCUAACGGGUCCUGUCGUUGUAAAUGGAUCCGUAACAGUCCUCGAGAAGUUCAACGCAACCGGAAGCAUAGGCGACAUACCUUUCCAAAAUCUGAUGGACAAAUUGAAGCCUCUGGGGAACAACACCUACGAACUUCGUGGAACCGUUCUAUUCUCGAAAAACGUGACCAUUGAAAAUCUGUUCGUAAACGGUUUUAUCCAGGGAAUAGACUUCGAUGAUUUCUUGGGGACGACAAUUUCGAAGCACGAGGACAACGUCACCAUUUCCGGUGUAAAAGUGUUCCACGGUUCAGUUACCAUUAACGAUUCGUUUUCCGUGGAUGAAAAAUUGAACGGGAUCGAUCUGAAGAAGUUCUGGGACUGCGCUGUUUUUAUCGAUAAACCGUUUUUCAUUAAGUCGAGGGUUGUCUUCAAAGAAGAUGUCGAAGUUAAAAAAGACCUGAUUGUUAAAACGGACUUGCAAGCGAAAUCUAUUAUGGGAAUCGAUAUAGACGAGUUGAAACUGACUGUACUCUAUUUAAACAGGCCUACUUAUGUCAAAGAGAAUAUCACGCUCACUGACGCGAUCUUCGAGUCGGACAUAGAAGUGGCGAUGUUCAACGAUUUUGACAUGAGAUUACUGAUAUCACUGAAGUCGGAACAAAUUCUACCUGUCGAGGUCCUUAGAUGUCGAAACGUCACUGUCGAGAACUUGAAAGUUCUAGGAAUGAUUAACGAGCAGAACUUGAACAACAUUCAAAAGACUACAUUCAUGGUGACUGGUAAUCAGAAUAUUACAGGAAAUAUCAAUUUCACGGGACAAGUUCACGCCCGUCGUGGUUUCAACGCGCGCCGCAUCAAUGGUAUCGAUCCAACCAGGAUCAUUUCCUUGAAUUCAAAAGGUGUACUGACUGGGAACUACGUAUUCGAGAAACCAAUCGUCUUCAAUCAGAGUCUCCGUGUUUUGGGCUACUUGAAUGGUAUAGAUCCACAUCGAUGGGAAGCUGUGGCUGUGACGACGAACAAUUCCUUCCAGCAAAUUAUCUCUGGAAGAUGGACGAUAAAUGGUAGCGUCCAUUUCGAGAACGGAGCAUCAGGAAGCAAUAUUUUGAAUGGUACGAGUAUCAGCGAUCUGGCGGCCAUUUUAGGGCAGAGACACUUGGAGAUGGACGCCUUGAUGACGGAGACAAGUGAAAAUCUGAGGAGCAUUUGCGAAGACCUGACUCACCUGAAGCACUACGCGGAGAAGCAGUUGUACAGGUUCAACUCGUUCGACUAUCUGCAGAUCAUCGAGUACGACAACCUCAUCGUCAGCCUCCAUCAUUUCGAGUUGGAUGACUUGGACUAUCUGACGAUGAGCUACAACACCUGUCAAAUGCACGUGUACCUGUACAACGGAAAGAAAUUCGUGCAGUCCGCGAACAUACCCGAUUUCGGUGUCGUUGAUGGAUGGACUACGUAUAGGCACGAUGGCGCCCUCUACUUUCUUACCAAGGGCGCUAAAUCCUGCGGGAGGAGCUCGACGAACUUAUGGAAACUCGAAAACGACCAGUUUACCGUGAGACAUUAGCUAUCAACAGAACUGGAGAAUCAUUCGAUUAGGAAUGUAGACCAAAAGGCUCUUCUUAGGAUGAUUAAUGGAAAGGAUGAGAAACGAUCCUUGGAAGGUGUUAACCAGGAGAAAGCUCAGUUGUCUCUGGCAGACGAUGAUGCUGUGAAAACAGUUCUGCAGGAUGGUCAUCCGCUGUUUACUGGUAGACAGAGGACUUACGAGCAUAAUGUCCGUCAGACGAACAAUGCAAGCUUGGGAAUGCUGUUUGGAAAUCCUGUGAAACUGAACUUCAAGGCGGGAAUAUUCAACAGGGAGAUGUUUUUGGAUUAUAAUGAGGACACUAGCAAGGAUCGAAUAUUUAUUUUUAACAAUGCAGAUGGAAGGAUCUUGCAAACCAUAAAAGCCCAUAGGCCGUCGUCGUUUGCAGUUCUUAAUUUCGAUGGAAACAUAGAGACACUCUUGGUCUUCGUAGAAAAUAGAAGGAAUCUUCGAAUUUACGAGUACAAAGGAAUUCAAGGUUUCAUGUAUAGAGACAGUAUCAGAAUGGACAUCGAUAAAUUAUACACUUUCAAAAUUCGAAAAUAUCCUGAUCUAGCGAAGCGGUACUGUCUCGCCUUGAUCCACGAGAAUCGAUUAACGAUCCUCGAGGCUAAUAUGUAUGGCGAGAAAGUUGAUAUGGAACCGUUAACGUGUUUGAAACAUUAAAAUUUAAUUAA